AUACAUUCACACUUCUUACUACCCCAAAAGUUCCCAUCUCCUCAGUUCCCACUCAACUCAUAAAACCCACUAGGCCAUUACACUCUCCAUUAUUACACGCACAACACACAGUCUCACAGACCCUCACAAGUCCCAAUAUCACUGCAAAACAACACACAGUCACACACUGCAUUUCGGCUUUUCUUCAGACCAUACAAAGAAGAGCUCAAAACAACAACUGAAAGCAAACAUGGGGAGAAUGAAAGUUUCCUUGGCCGCCUUAGUAACAUUGGCUUUUUGUUUUUCCGCUAAUGCCUGCCCGCCUGGGGAUCGGGCAGCAUUAUUAGCUUUUAAAGCUGCCCUCAACGAGCCUUACUUGGGCAUCUUCAAUUCUUGGACGGGCACCGACUGCUGCACCAACUGGUACGGUGUCAGCUGUGACCCUGACCGACGGGUCGCCGACAUUGUCCUCCGGGGAGAAUCCGAGGACCCCAUCUUUGAGAAAGCCGGCCGGUCCGGUUACAUGUCAGGUGAAAUAGCAGCUUCUGUUUGUCAACUCGACCGGCUCACCACCCUCGUCGUCGCAGACUGGAAGGCAAUCGCGGGGGAAAUCCCGGCUUGCAUUCCGUCCUCGUUACCCAUUCUCAGAAUCUUCGACAUAGUUGGAAACCAGAUCUCCGGCAAGAUUCCGGCCGACAUAGGCUCACUGGGUCGACUAACUGUUCUCAACCUCGCCGACAACAAGCUCACCGGUGCGAUUCCGCCGUCGAUUGUCAACCUCGGGAGCGUCAUGCAUCUCGACCUCAGCAACAACAAACUCACAGGAGAAAUCCCCGCUGACGUCGGAAAACUAACCAUGAUGAGCAGGGCACUGUUGAGCCGUAACCAGCUCACCGGUUCAAUCCCCAUCUCAUUUGCUAACAUUUACAGGCUGGCCGACAUUGAUCUAUCCAUGAACCGGAUCUCCGGUUCGAUCCCGGCUCAACUCGGAACAAUGCCGGUUCUGUCAACCCUUAAUCUAGACAGCAAUCGACUAUCCGGAAGCAUACCGACGAGCUUAUUAAGCAGUGCCGGGUUAAACGUUUUAAACAUCAGCCGAAACAGUUUGGAGGGCAAUUUACCCGACGUUUUUGGACCGAAAACUUAUUUUACGGUCCUUGAUUUAUCGUAUAACCAAUUGCGCGGUUCAAUUCCUAAAUCACUAUCAUCGGCUAAGUACAUUGGGCACUUGGAUUUGAGUUAUAAUCACCUUUGCGGACCGAUUCCGGUUGGCUCACCUUUUGAUCACCUUGAGGCCUCUUCAUUUGCUAAUAACGAUUGCUUAUGUGGAUCACCACUACGUACUUGUUAAUUGAAUCUAAAUCAUGGGGAUUAGUAGUAAGUUGUAAUUAACCGAAAAUGUCGGUUGGUUAUUACUGCUGCUUGCUUGUGUGAUAUUUCUUCGUAACGAUCUAUAAGGAUAAACCCUUUUUUUUUUUUGUUUUUUAAAGUGUGUAAUCUCAAUUGUGCAUUGUUUAUAAGAGUGCAUCGGUUGCAUGCAAGUGUAAAAUGCGUGCGAACUUCUGUACGAGAAUCAAAUCUAUCUAUUGUAAAGAAAGGGAUUCUGUUUUUGCA